UGGGCCUCGGAGCCCCCGGAGGUGUCGGCUCGGCUGGCGGCGAAGCCGUGAAGCGGUGGCGCAACGGCGGUGGCGAAGCUCCCAGGAGCGCGCAUGCGGCGCGCCUCCCCGUACUCGUACGUCGUCCUUGAGCGCCUCCUCAAGGAGCACUUCCCCUUCCCGCGCCGCCUCCUGCAGGUGCACGCGCUCCUCCUCACCUCCGGCGCGCUGCUCUCCGAACCCCAAUGCUCCAACUCCACCACCGCUUUCCCCUACAAUUGCCUCGCCCACGCGCACCUCCGCGUCCCCGCGGCCUCCUCCUCUUCCCCGUCCGCCCCGCUGCGCCUCUUCUCCUCCAUGCUCGCCCGCGGCGCGCGCCCCAACGGCCACUCCUUCCCCUCCCUCCUCAAGUCCGCCUCCGCCCUCGGCUCGGGGGCAACUGCUGCAGCACUCCACGCGCAAUGCCUCCGCUGCGGCCUCGCCUCCGACCGCUUCGUGGCCUGCUCGCUAAUCAGCGCCUACGCGCGAUCCGGUCGCCCCGUUUGCGACGCGCGCAAGGUGUUCGACGAGAUGGAGGGGAGCCCUGACCUGGCCUCCUGCAACGCGCUGCUCGACGCGCUGUGCCUCGCCAGGGACCUAGACGCGGCCGGGAGCUUCUUCGAGCGGAUGGCGGUCAGGGACGCCGUGUCGUGGACGACGCUGCUCUCCGGGCUGUCGAGGAGCGGGCGCCACCGGUGCGCUCUCGAUGUGUUCCGGGGACUGUUGCUGAACCACAAGGCACGGCUCGGGGAGGCCACGCUGGUCAGCGUGCUCUCGGCCUGCGCCAAUCUUGAUGGCGCCGAGGGGCUUGCUGCGGGGAUGGCUGUCCAUGCGUACGUUGUCCGCCAUGAGCUUGGCCUCACAGCGUUCCUGGGCACCGCGCUGGUUGACAUGUACGGGAAACACGGGAAGCUUGGCUGCUGCAUGAGUGCUUUUGAGGUUGUCCGCGGGAAGGAGGCUUGUACCUGGAACGCCCUGCUGUCGGCAUUGGCUAAUCAUGGCAAGGAAAGUGAAGCGCUGGCUAAGUUCGACGUGAUGAGGGCUGAAGGAUUCUCGCCAAAUCAGAUAACCUUCGUUGCUCUGCUGACAGCUUGCGGUCGUGCAGGAUUGGUGGAGGUUGGGUUAUACUGGUUCGAGGCCAUGGUUGCCGAAUUCAGGGUGACACCAUUGAUGGUCCAUUAUGGAUGUGUUGUGGACCUCUUAGGCCGUGCUGGCCGUUUUGUGGAAGCCAUUCAGGUUGUCGAAAGGAUGCCCUUCACUGCUGAUGCUUCUGUGUGGGGUGCUCUUCUUGGGGCUUGCAAGCUCCAUGGAAAUGUGGACCUUGCUGCGGAGAUUGGGCGGAAACUAAUGGCUCUUGGUCCCCAGCAAUCCGGUCGAUACGUGACUAUUAGGAAUGUCUAUUUAGAAGAUGGAAAUUGGUAUGCUGCCACGAGAAUGGGAGAGGUGAUGCAGGAGGCUGGAAUCAAGAAGACAGUAGGGCAGAGCAGUGUUGUGUUUCGCACUACUGCCAUCCCUUGAUAACUGUUUGUUCGUUUGGUGCGCAAGCCUUCGUCGAACCAGCGCAACUUGGUCUGGCACUGGCAGAUUUAAUCUUCUUUGCUUGAACCUAGCUGUAAGGAGAUUGCAAAUCUUGAACUAGUCCAGUCUGCAACUUCAAAUGGGAUCUGUUGUAUUCGCGCACCUAUUAUAGCAUGUGAUAUUCAUUUUUUUGAGCUUGGUACCAAAAAACUGAUUUUUUUAAACGGAAGGUGGCAAGAAAGCUACCAGAAUCAUGUUAAUAAGAAGGGGAAGCCUGACAGGCCACAAAAAUUCUGAGCCGGCACAAUCAGGAAGACAGUAGGUCAGCGCAGUGUUGUGUUUCACACUACUGCCAUCCCAGAGGGGUAUGCUGCCACGAGAAUGGGAGAGGUGAUGCAGGAGGCUGGAAUCAAGAAGACAGUAGGUCAGGGCAGUGUCUGCCAUCCCUUGAUACCUGUUUGUUUGUUGCGAACCUUAAUGGUCAGGAACAGGAACACCUUAAAGAUUCUAACAGAUUCUCCACUGGACAUCGGCCCUUCUGAAGAAGAAUAGAGCUAAAAGAGUGUCAUACUGUGCAAACUUGUUAGUAUUAUUUUGGCAUAACAAAUAAUCAGACUUUGAUUCAAUGAACUGGAUGCCUGCAAGCACGAGUUACUCUGGUCCUUUCCACUGUAGCUGCCCGUGUUUGAUUUAGGACUAAGUAAAGGCAAGUCUUCUUCCUAAGGGGACCUGGUAAUCUGGUGGUAACAUGUAGGAGAAGGAACCAUUACCAGCUGUUCUUGGAGCCUACACUAAAUGUGUUAGCUUUCAAUCUCAGAGUCUGAAAAUUGUGAUUUUUCUCAUCUUCUGGUUGUCAGCUUCAGCAACCAGCACUUCAGUUCUCAGUUUGGUGGUAGGCUUCUUCAAAUCAGCCCACUUGACCACUUUGGUUUGCCAAAGUUGAUAUCUUUACUUGAACAUACGAAGGAGAGCGUGCAUGUUAAAAUUGCCCAUUAUGUUUUUGUUUCACUGGAUUAUGUUACAUUCACCUAGGGUGUCGUGUGGUGCUCAAUCUAUAUGGGAGAAGUCUAGUCACAGGACGUCAGUUUUGGUGCACUGAGAAGAGAAUUGGAUGUGUUACCAUGCAUGGUUUGUUUCCCAUUGUCUGAGUUUUUUUUCCUUGGUUUGAUUUAAUUUCUUUGCAGAAAGCAGAGCAAUUCCGUGGUAACUGGUGGGAGAAGAAACCGUCACCAAUUCCAGUUAGUCCGUUCAAGCCUGCACUCAGAGCCAGAGGGGCUGGGAGCCUGGGACUUGAUAGCAUUUUUAAGAGGAUUUUAGGCAUUUUUCUGAUGUAGAUAAAGAGGAAGAUAUGAG